AUGACAUGUACAACGAGAAGACUAUCGUUUAGAAGGAAGAGGUACUUUAGUAUAGGCCAGAUACGUUUGUUCGUUUCUAUGAGUUCUCGAGAUAGGCCGACGGUAGCACAUUGUGAUCAGAAUUUCGUGCGACAGUGCUUCUGGGCAAGUCGCCAGGCAGUCGUAGCUCGCAGAUUCACAGCCGUACAUGUGACAAGGUAUUGUCAUUCAUUCCCCGCAGAGUGUCUAAGAGGUAGAUUACACAUGUUGUAG